AUCACCAAGAUUUUCUCACUGGAAGAUGAAUGAGCGGAAGCAACAAGGCUUUGUUUUGCCAAGCUUAGCAAGUCCCAGAAGAGUCAAGUUUUUGCAAAGACCUAGAGAACAUUGUAUUCCAAUUCAUUUGCAGAAAGUUGAGCCUGUUCGUUCCAAACUCGUCUCUUUACGCAAUGUGUUUUGCAGUCUUGGACGACGAACAGUUUGUUCUGCUAUUCAAGACCAGAAAACUCCUCAGCUACAGGUGGAGCAAGAACAGAAUACAUCUAGUGGCCUUGCGAAACGAAUUAUUCCUUGUUUAGACGUGAAAGAUGGUAAAGUUGUGAAGGGAGUAAACUUUGUUAAUCUUAGAGAUGCCGGAGACCCUGUAGAGCAAGCAAAAAUAUAUUAUGAAGAAGGAGCUGAUGAACUGGUCUUUUUAGACAUUUCCGCCACACCGCAAGGUCACGCAACCACUCUAGAUGUUGUCCGACAAGUGGCUUCGUCUAUUUUUAUGCCUCUUUGUGUAGGUGGUGGAAUUCGUUCAGUUCAAGAUGCUAGACAAACACUGUUAUCCGGAGCAGAUAAAGUAGCAAUCAAUUCAGCAGCGGUUAGACAACCACAAAUAUUAAGAGACUGUGCUGAAGCCAUUGGAAGUGCAAAUAUCGUAUUGGCCAUCGACGCUCGAAGGAAGCAAGACGGAAGUUGGCAAGUUGUUAUUUCGGGAGGAAGAGAGGCAACUGGACUUGAUGCUAUAGAGUGGGCCAAACAGGGUGCGGAUCUUGGUGCUGGAGAGAUACUCUUAACUAGUAUGGACGCAGAUGGGACUUUGGAUGGCUUCGAUAUUGAGUUGACAAGAGCAGUAACGAGUGCAGUUGAUGUUCCAGUGAUUGCAAGUGGAGGUGCGGGAAAGAUGGAACACUUUUAUGACGUCUUAACUUUAGGUGGUGCACAAGCGGCGUUGGCUGCUAGUUUGUUUCACGACAAGAAGUUAGCAAUAGGAGAAUUGAAACAGUAUUUAUCUUCACGAGGCAUCACGAUAAGAUUUUAAACCAAACUUCAAAGAGGCCUACCUUUUU